GUCGCAGUACAAUGACGUCGGGCUUGCGUUGAGCAAUUUAAAUAACAAGUGUCCCACGCACAUUUCUGUCUGUUAUUAUCCUUUCCUGCCCAGCUCUCCUUAUCAUCUCAGACAGCCAUGGCCCUUGCAGGACCCCUGAGAGUGUGCAUCGUGGGCUCGGGAAACUGGGGUUCUGCUGUAGCCAAGAUUAUUGGAAAUAAUGUUAGAAAUCUGCAGAAAUUUGCACCCACUGUCAACAUGUGGGUGUUUGAAGAAAUGGUCAAUGGAAGGAAGCUUACUGAAAUCAUCAAUACGGACCAUGAAAAUGUGAAAUACCUCCCUGGAUACAAGCUGCCAGAUAAUGUGGUUGCCGUUCCGAGUCUCAUUGAUGCGGUGAAAGAUGCUGACCUUCUCGUAUUCGUCAUUCCUCACCAGUUUAUAAAUAAAAUCUGCCAGGAGAUAGCCGGGAAGGUGCACAAGGAAGCUCUUGGGAUAACACUAAUUAAGGGUAUAGAUGAAGGACCAGAAGGGCUCAAGUUGAUUUCUGACAUUAUCCGUGAAAAGAUGGGAAUCGAUGUCAGUGUGCUGAUGGGAGCAAACAUUGCAAAUGAGGUUGCUGCUGAGAAAUUUUGCGAGACCACAAUAGGCAGCCGAAUCCUGGAUAAUGGCCUUCUGUUUAAAGAACUCCUGCAGACUCCAAAUUUCCGUAUAACUGUGGUGGAUGACGCCGAUACUGUGGAACUCUGUGGGGCUUUGAAGAACAUAGUGGCUGUCGGUGCUGGGUUCUGUGAUGGUCUGAAUUGUGGAGACAAUACCAAGGCUGCAGUUAUCCGUCUUGGUCUUAUGGAGAUGAUCGCUUUUGCCAAAGUCUUCUGUAAGGGCCAAGUAUCUACAACCACAUUCUUGGAGAGUUGCGGCGUUGCCGAUCUCAUCACUACUUGCUACGGAGGGCGUAAUCGAAAAGUGUCCGAGGCCUUUGUUAAAACCGGAAAGAGUAUUGCAGAACUGGAAAAGGAAAUGCUUAAUGGGCAGAAACUUCAGGGACCUCAGACCUCUGCAGAAGUUUAUCGCAUCCUACAACAGAAAGCCAUGGUUCAUAAGUUUCCACUUUUUACUGCUGUGUAUCAAAUCUGUUAUGAAGGAAUACCUGUGGAAGAAUUCAUUUCCUGUCUACAGAGCCACCCAGAACAUAUGUAGAACUAUAUAUCGGUGGGCCUUCCUGUAAUGUCCUUGUGUCCUGAGACAAUGCAAAAGCUGGGAGAGUUAUCUCUUAUCAACGCACAGAACUUCUAGAGACCAUCUUUACUGCAAAUGUUGAAAACAAUUUGGUGGCUGGCUUAGUGUAUUUAACCCUGUGGAAAUCAUUGCUUUGGUGAACAGAUAUAAGAAUAUAUUGUAAACGUACAGAUCAGUUAACAAUAGCAUUUUAAAUAGUAUUUCAUAACAUGAAUAAUCUUGAAGAAUACCAAGACUGCAACCCUCCAUAAUUUUCCAUAUGCAUUGAGCAACUAUUGUUCCUAUGCAAACCAUGGUGGUUUUAUGAUGGAUAUAUAGAUAUAUAUGAUCUUUCAGUGGCAGUCUGCGCACAUUAGCAGGAAUAUUGUUUUUUAAAAAGUUUUUGUUUUCUACAAGGUCAAUUAAUAACCACCUUAAUUUUUUUAACAUAUCAUUAGGAUAUUUAGUUUUAGGUUCUUACUACACACUACUUAUUUUUUAUUUUAAAUAUGGUCAAUUUCUAAAUGUAUCAAAUCUGUAUAUUUGAAACAUAUGAUGUAUAGAGGGUUGAUUUUAAGUAUUUUAAUCAUACACACUCCAGCAAAUUUGCUAUUUAGUCCAACAUUUUCUUUUAUUUCUGAUUCUGGCUUUUCUCUUGUACAAGACAAUGUAUGUGGCUAUGUAUUGUAUGUGUCCGUGUACUUGUCUAAGCCAUUCCAAAUACAAAACAUAUCAUUCAAUUAACUUUA